GGUCACGUAAUCCACUUUUCUCACAGAGUUUGCGUAACCUUUGACCCAUUACUCAUUAACAUAACCUCGCGGUAGCGUCUGUGCCAACGGCCAACCGAUUGAAUUUUGAGGCUGAUUUAAAGAACAUCAACACUGAUUUGGAGACAAAUGGCUGAAACAUUUAAUGUUAACUCUUAAAAAUAGCUGAAAUACUGAGUCAUGAAUGUGGCAAGGCUCCAUCUAAACCAUGGCUCCAAUAGACUUCAGAAUGUUAGACAACAAAUCAAGAUUACAAGUUUCUCAGCAAUUCAGCAAACGGCUGCAGAAUGUCAUGAUCUUCUUGAUACUGCUUGUGCCUGUGAGUACAGCACAGUAUUGCCAAAGGAGUAGUCUUGUGACGUGGCACACAAAUGCAAAUAUUGUCAACAUCUCCUGGUCAGUGGAAAAUGUGUGCAACUCUUACGAAAAUUGCUAUGGUUCAUCUGGAACAGGGGUCAGUGGACCGAUUGACCAUCAGCUGUGUCCAGUCGAGAUCCAGGACAACGAUAGACUGGUGAUCCUGCCUCCGUCUAUAUCAUCCCAGAGUGCCAUACCCGUCAAUGUUAGUGAGAAUGAAUUUGAAGCUUGCCCAAGUGAUAAUCACCCGUCUUCUCAGUGGCUUGUCUCUAAUGCAUCGACUGUUCCUUUUGAAGUAGACAAGGCAUUCCUGCAAGAAGGAAGCAACUUCUUCGCUCAGCUCCCCACCGGUGAUGUCUUCCUGAGUUGUGAGCUUGGGCUCCGUGUCGUGGUUUCCGUCAAGUCACAUGACUGUACAAUCGACCAACCAGAACCCUUUUGUACUGGACAUGGAGAAUGUGUUACAGUGCCUCUCAGUCCUGCAUCUGAAGCAUACACGUGCCAAUGUGAACCAUCCUAUAUUGGGCAGUACUGCGAGGAAUUCGAUGGUUGCAAUGGAGACCCUUGUCAGAAUGGAGCUAGUUGUAUUGAUGAGGAUGAGGGAGAUAUCCUUAGAAAUUACAGGUGUAAUUGUAGCACAGGUUUCACUGGUCUCAACUGCUCAGAUAUUCUUGGAAGUUGCAAUCCUGAAAUCUGUGGUGAUGGGACAUGUGUUACAGUAUCUCAAGAAGCACUCAGAUGUGAUUGUAACAAUGGAUUUGUCGGUCUGUUUUGUGAGGAAGAAAUUCAGGAGUGUGCAUCCAAUCCAUGCCAACAUAAUGCAACAUGCGUUGAUGAGAUUGGUUCGUUCAGUUGCCUCUGUCCACCUGACUAUGUUGGGGUCACAUGUGAGGAGGAGAGAGACUACUGCUUGGACCAGCCAUGCCAAAAUGGGGCGAAUUGUAGCAGUUUUCUCGGAGGUUACUCAUGCACCUGCAGACCAGGAUUCACAGAUCGGAACUGUUCCACAAAUAUUGACGAGUGUGACCCAAAUCCUUGUCAAAAUGGAGCUCCUUGCCUAGAUGAAAUAAACAGUUUCAGGUGUGAAUGCAGCCAAGGAUAUAGUGGUCAGCUCUGUGAGACGAACAUAGACGAAUGUGCCUCACAGCCUUGCCAGAAUGCUGCAGAGUGUAUCGAUCUGAUUGACUUCUUCUCCUGCGUGUGUCCCCCUGGAUAUACUGGCAUGACUUGUAGUGAAGAGAUCAACGAGUGCGCAUCAAAUCCUUGCAUGAAUCAGGGGAGAUGUAUAGACUUGAUUGAUGAGUACAGGUGUACAUGCGAUGAGGAACUCUUUGGCGGCAUCAAUUGUGAGAUUCCCCUCCACAACUGCUCCUUCUUCCCCUGCCAAAAUAAUGGAACCUGCCAAAUAAUUGACAGCUCGUCCUAUGCAUGCCUUUGCCCAGUCCGGUACACUGGUCAAAACUGUGAAAGUUACAUCCCGUUCUGUGACACACACAAUUGCACUAAUGAUGCGACCUGCAUGGAAGAACCCAAUAGAUUUACAUGCCAGUGUCCAGUCGGUUACACUGGCCUGUGGUGCGAAGUGGACAUAGAUUACUGUGCCAAUCACAAUUGCUCAAACAACUCUACCUGCAUGGAUGAUACCACUUCUUACAGGUGUCUCUGCGCACCGGGAUUCGAGGGACAGGAUUGUGAGAUAAAUACAGACGAGUGUGGGAGUAGUCCAUGUGCCAACGGGGGUGUUUGUGUGGAUGGAAUCGAUGGCUAUCAAUGCAUUUGUCCUGCAGGAUUUACUUCACCAAAUUGUUCCCUCAAUAUCAAUGAGUGUGAAUCCUCCCCAUGCCUGAAUGGAGGUACCUGUUUGGAUGGAGAUGAUUCUUAUGUCUGUAAUUGUGGCAUUGGAUUCAAUGGAACUCAUUGUGAUGUGGAUUUGGAUCUUUGCAGCUUGAAUGUCUGCCAAAAUGGCGCCCUUAACUGCUCUGAGACAGAAGAGGGUCACAACUACAGCUGCAUCUGUGCACUCGGUUACCGUGGACAGAGCUGUGAGAUUGAGAUAGACGAGUGUGAAUCAAACCCAUGUCUGAACGAUGCUUUCUGCUUAGAUGAGAUUAACUCAUAUCAGUGCUACUGUCUACCUGGCUACGUUGGUGACCAUUGCCAAUUUGAGAUUGACGAAUGCUUCAGUGAGCCCUGUUUACACAACAGCUCUUGUGUGGAUCUGUUCAAUAACUACACAUGUCUGUGCAGCCCAGGCUACGAGGGCUCUAACUGUGAGAUCAACAUCGAUGACUGCACUGAGGAUCCUUGCCUUAAUGAAGGCUCGUGUGAGGAUGGGGUGGAUGAUUUUACCUGCAUUUGCGCUUCAGGAUAUGAAGGUAAAAACUGUUCACAGGAUGUUGAUGAAUGCUCUUCAAACCCCUGCAUGGCAAACACAACAGAGAUAUGCAUCAACGAGGUCAAUAACUUCACCUGCGUAUGUAGGUCAGGGUUCAGGGGUCAACUGUGCAAGGUCAACAUAGAUGAAUGUGAAGUUCAUGCAUGUGAGAACAAUGCCACAUGUAUAGAUGGGACAAAUGGCUACAGCUGUAUCUGUGCACCAGGCUUCACCGGAUCGCUGUGCGACGUCAACAUCGAUGAAUGUCUGUCAAACCCUUGCAACAUUGGGACAUGCCUGGAUGACGUCAAUGGCUACACCUGCCUCUGUCCUGCUGACUCCCGACCUUUUGACCCUUCCUGUAACCUCCUCCCGCCAUGCACUUCCAACCCCUGCCAAAACAAUGGAACAUGCCAGGAGGAAUCAGAUUCCUAUGCCUACAGCUGUGAAUGCCCACUUGGGUUUGAAGGGCUAAACUGCGAAGUGAACACCGACGAUUGCAGAGUCGGGAAUGUCACAUGUGCCAAUGGUGGCACAUGCAUUGACUUGAUAGCUGAUUUUCGCUGUCAGUGUCCUGCAGGUUUCGAGGGACGUUUUUGUGAGGAGAAUGUAGACGAUUGCAUCGGAAAUCUUUGCCAGUUUGGAAGUGCUUGCAUUGAUGGAGUAGAUGGCUAUUUGUGUUCUUGCCUGCCAGGUUAUACAGGGGUGUUGUGUAAUGUGACCAUACUGACUUGUGAUCAGGAUCCAUGCUUGAAUGGAGGAACCUGCAUGGAUAUUGACUUGACCACCCCUGCAACUGCAGAUGGAGGAGGCGAAGGAGCCAAUUCAGCCAAUAGGAUGUUUCAGUGUGUUUGUGCCACGGGCUGGCAAGGGAUGUUCUGUCAAGUUGAGAUUAAUGAAUGUGCAUCCAACCCCUGCCUAAACGAUGCAACCUGCAUAGAUUUCUUAGCUGGAUAUGCCUGUGAUUGCAGCCCCGCUUUCACAGGGGAACAGUGCGAGGUUGACAUCGAUGAGUGCAUCAAUAAUGAGUGUGCUAGGGGGUCUACUUGCAUUGAUGGCAUCCUCUCCUACACCUGCCAAUGCUCCCAUGGGUAUGAAGGCCGCCUGUGUGAGCAGGAAAUAGAUGAAUGCUUGUCCUCUCCGUGCAAUCCUGAUACAAGCCUCUGCGUGGACCUGCUCUCUGGAUAUCGCUGUUUUUGCCUGAACGGUUGGGCAGGGCCUAACUGUGAUAUCAAUGUUGAUGAGUGCCUGAGUGAACCAUGUCAAAACCAAGGGACCUGUUCAGAUGGGAUAGCUGAUGUAACUUGCCAGUGUCUUCCUGGGUUUACAGGGAAAUUCUGUGAGAUUGAGAUCGACGAGUGUGACUCGGAACCAUGCCAAAAUAAUGGACGAUGUGUGGAUGAGAUCAAUGGCUAUGUUUGUUUCUGUAUCUUAGGAUUCACAGGUCUACAAUGUGAGAUCAACAUCGACGAGUGUGAAUCCAACCCGUGUCUGAGGGGAGGGACGUGCUUGGAUGGUAUCAACUCCUACCAGUGUCUCUGUCCGAUCCCGUACCGUGGCGACGACUGCUCUCUCCUACCAUGUCAGGUCUUCCCUUGCGAGAACAGUGCCAACUGCACCGACCUUGUCAACGACCUUGAGACCUACCCACUCGGUUUCUAUUGUGCAUGUAAUACUGGAUUUAUGGGUCAGAGAUGUGAAGUGAACAUCAACGACUGUUCUCCCGAUUCCUGCAGUGGCAAUGGUCUAUGUAUCGAUGGUAUCCUGGGUUUCUCAUGUCUCUGUGAGCCAGGUUGGGCCAGCAGGGAUUGUAGCCUGCCAAUCGAUGACUGCGUCGACAAUAUGUGCCAGAAUAAUUCUACUUGUGAGGACUUGAACCAGGCUUACAGGUGUGACUGCAUUGAAGGCUACGAGGGAAACUUCUGUGAGAUUGAGACAGACGAGUGCUCGUCAGACCCAUGUGUGAAUGGGGCUACCUGCAUAGACCACUUCAACAGGUUUGAAUGUAUCUGUCCUUCUGGUUGGAUGGGGACCACCUGCGAUCAAGACGUUGACGAAUGCGACUCUAACCCUUGUCAGAACGGCGCCAUCUGUCUCAACGGACCUGACAGGUUCAGGUGUGACUGCCAGCCCUUCUUCACAGGAAUGUACUGCAAUGUGACCUUUGACCCAUGCGACCCAGGGUUCAACCAGUGUCAGAAUAAUGCGACCUGUAUCACACGGGUGGAUGGAAGUUAUCAGUGCACCUGCAUAGAUGGCUUUGAGGGGUACAACUGUGAAGUGAACACCAACGAAUGUGCAUCCUCGCCAUGUCUGAACGGAGCAGCGUGCUUUGAUCAGGUCGCUGGUUACCGAUGCUUCUGUUCUUUGGGUUUUCGUGGCAUCCACUGCGAGGAGAACAUCGAUGAUUGUCUGCCGGAUGUCUGCGCCAAUGGUGGAACAUGCGUGGAUGGUAUCGAUGGAUUCUCAUGUAACUGUACUGCUGGAUGGAAUGGAGCCAACUGCACGGAUAACAUAGAUGAGUGUGAAUCAGUCCCGUGUGUGAACGGAGCUACUUGUUUAGAUCGACUCAAUAGCUAUGACUGCAUCUGUGUCCCUGGAUAUACAGGUACACGGUGUGAAGAUGACAUUGAAGAAUGCCUUUCAGACCCCUGUCACAAUGGUGCUACCUGUGUGGACGACCUCGAUCGGUAUGAGUGCGUCUGUGUGGCUGGGUUCACAGGUGUCAACUGUCAGGACAACAUAAAUGAUUGCCUUCCCCCUCCAUGCAACAAUGGCAGCUGCAUUGAUGACGUGAAUGGCUAUCGGUGUAACUGUGACCCAGGCUAUCAAGGAUUCAACUGUACAGAGGAUGUGAACGAGUGUGAAAGCUCCCCUUGUAUAAAUGGCGGCCAGUGCAACAACCUCGUCAAUGGAUACACAUGCACAUGUGUUUUUGGAUACACAGGUCUUCAUUGUGAAUUGGACAUUGAAGUUUGCAUGGACUCCACACUCAAUGUCACCCAAUGUCAAAAUGGAGCUACCUGCAUGGACGGCCAAGGACCAGCAUUCACGUGCCUCUGCGCACCGGGUUUCACUGGAGUAUACUGUGAGAUAGACAUCAAUGAGUGCACUUCUGGUCCUUGUGAAAAUGGGGCAACCUGUACAGAUUUGGUUGCUGGCUUCAUCUGCACAUGUGCUGAAGGAUGGACAGGAGUGCUUUGUCAAGAGGACAUUGAUGAAUGCCUAUCAUCACCCUGUAUGAAUGGGGCCCUAUGUAGACAAACAUCACCAGGGGACGGAUACGAUUGCUUCUGUCCUCCAGGCUUUCAAGGAAUCAUCUGUGAGGAAGACUAUGACGAAUGCCUGUCUACACCAUGUCAGAACAGCGCCCUCUGUGUCGACCGCAUUGACGGUUACAACUGCAUCUGCAGCAGUGGGUUUACAGGAGUGACCUGCGAGGUAGAUAUUGACGAGUGCCUCAGCGAUCCUUGUCUGAACAACGGAACGUGCACUCAAGCUGUGCCGGGGGCUUUCAUUUGCGAGUGCCGACCGGGUUUCUUCGGGACACGCUGUGAGUCGGUGGAUUUCUGUUUCAGUCAGCCAUGUGCGAAUGGAGCAUUCUGCAUCACGAUGGCUGGAGGGUUCCAGUGCUUCUGUCCAGCUGGCUUUACAGGUGUUACUUGUGAGACCAGAUUGGUGACCACAACUAGUGUUGUAGACAGCACGUCUAGCAUGACCACAUUGGAAUCGUCUACAGUGAUGAGUGAACGUUCACCAGUCUCUUCGAUGGUGGUGGUGUCUACUCCACUUUACAGGACCUCACUUCAAACUAGACUUGUAACAACUUCUCAGAUAUCUAUAGGAACUUCCAUACCUGCAUCCACUACAUUGAGAAGUGAUAGUUCACCUGUCUCAUCUGUGCCAUUAACUUCAGAUUUAUCAGGAGGUGGUACAUCCAAGACUGUUACCAUAUCUCCCAUACAAACAUCAUCAAUGUUUUCCCCUAUUUUUUCCACAUUGGCUCCGAGUAGUAGCAUUACACCACUCUUUUCAUCAACUAUGGUCCCAGAGAGGAGUGAAAGUACAACACUAUCCUCUUCAGCUUUCAAAACAACAGAUUUUCCCAGUGCUGAUUCAACCACAGUGGCAACUCUCACUAGUUUCCUAGCAGAUUCAACCCCUUCUAUGUUUGGUACAAGCACCCCUUCAAUCAUGAUGGAUUCAACCAGUGCACCAUUGAUGUCUACAGGAACGAGCAUGAGUCAGAGUGGUGUACUAUCACCAUCUCUGGAUCUCACUCCAUCUUCCUCGAUGGGAGGCAUUGCUUCUACGUUAUUCACACACUCGGUGCAAACUACACUACUCCAUUCUACUACACUCGUCCCAUCAGACACAGUAAUGUCAUCAGUUCUAUUAUCAACUCGGGUUAUCCAGUCCUCGACAUUGACUCCAUCCACUCACAUACCGAUGACCUCAAGUCGACCUUUAUCUUCACCCUCCUCGUCCUUUCCCAUGCUCUCAUCUUCUCCUCAGGCCACGCGCACCUUAGCAACUCCCAGCCAAUCACAGAUAAUGAUGACAUCCAGCCAAUCAGCUACCAUGCUGAUAUCUUCCCCAGUACCCCCAUCCACCAUCACUUCCCAACAAUCACAGACAACUGAAUUUUCAUCAAGUUUGCAAAGGACCCAGCUUCAAACAUCAAGUGGUAUAGUAAGUCCCACCUCAUCACUGGAAAUACCCUCUCCAACUUUGACAACUGAAGUAGUACGACUGACAAGCUCAGUAUCUCUUAUGAGUAGCAUCUAUCAGACGUUCAGCACCCAAGUAACAGGUCAAAUGUCAUCGACAUUAGCUGGAAUGCCUUCUUUGUCUUCACUCCCAGUGAUUACUUCAUCUGAGAAUCCAUUUUCCACAUCUGCUGCUAUGACCUCAUAUGACCUUUCAACUCUGAAUUUUGAGACCUCUUUCUUUGGGUCAACUGUCGUGACCCCAUCCAUGACAUCAUCACUUUCAUCAGUGGUGGUCACAACCACACUUGCACCCACACCAGAAGUGACAACACCACACAUUACCCCUACUCCAACAAUGGAACCGUCCACUACAGCAUCACCUCCAGUUACCUGUGAGACCAGUCCAUGUUUGAAUGGAGGGGUGUGCAGGAACCAGACGUCUCUAGAGGGAUUAGUGUUCGAAUGCGACUGCACCUUCAGGUUUACGGGAAGCUUCUGUGAAACAGAGCGCGCUGUGCAUUUCCCAUCAUUCAGCGGCAAUUCGUUUCUAGAGUAUGCACCCCUCGACUGGUCAUCCUCCUCAUCAAACAGCAUUUUCAUCACUAUAAAGACAUCAACCACAGAGGGCAGUGUUCUUUUAUCAGCCAGCGACUCCGAUGAAUUCAUUCAUCUGUUCAUCCAAGGUGGCCGUCUUGUGUAUCAGAUGAGCUGCGGGCUGGGUCAGAUCGUCAGGGUGGAAUCCAGCGUUGUCGUAGCAACAGAUGAGUUGGUUGAAGUGUUCAUCAGCCAAACAAGACCAGACAUCACAUCCAUGAUAUGCGGGGCCACCCUGACGGUCAACAACCAAGCCACCACCAACCAAAUCUUCUCCUUCAUCUUCCCCCUGCCCCUUGGGCCUCUCUAUCUCGGGGGUGCACCUGAGACCGUGACCUCCGGUGACCUCUCAUCACCCAUCAUCGGAUACCAGGGAUGCAUGCGACAUCUGGAGGUCAACAACGUGGAGUACUUGCUGUUUGAUGAUGCGUUGGGCGGGAGGAACGUUGGAGAAUGCGUGACCACUGAGCCGUGCUCGUAUGAACCCUGUCGUAACGGAGGCACCUGCUCUGUGUCACCUGAUGGUAUUGCGUGGUCAUGUGACUGCCCCAUGCCUUACGGUGGGGUGCUAUGCGAGCGGCUGGUGGACCGCUGUGAGGGGUCUCCAUGUCAUGCAGGUGCAACUUGUGUAUCACUAGAUGAAAGCUUCCUGUGUCUGUGUCCCUAUGGCAGGCAAGGCAUCAUAUGUGAUGAAGCCAUCAGCAUUACCAGGCCCUCUUUCAGUGGUAGUGUAUCAGGUUACAUGCCCUUUGUGAGGUAUGCUCGGGUCUUGAACUGGGACUUCCUGUUGACCCUGAGGUUAAAGUUCACCGUGAGUGAUGACCAAUCAGCAAUCAGAAGCAAUCUCAUGCUCUUCUCUGGCCAAAGAGGAGAAGGAACUGAUGGAGAUGAUUAUCUAGCUGUUGGGAUUCAAGAUGGCUACCUCUGGUUUCACUUUGAUGUAGGUUCAGGUGAAGGAGUCCUCAGAAGCCCUCGGCCCGUUGAGCUCACUGCACCAUUUCAUACACUGCAGAUAGGACGUCAUAGGAGAGAGGGGUGGAUGCAGCUGGACAACCAACUCAACGUCAGUGGCACCACACAAGGCCCUCUGAUUGGUCUCAAUACUGACCGUGACCUCUAUGUGGGAGGUCAUGACACCACAGAAGUUCAUUUCCUACCAGAUGUGGUGGAUUAUGCAGAGAGCUUCAAAGGAUGUAUAUAUGACCUUGAAAUCAACUCUGGUCUGUAUGAAGCCUUUGUUGCCCCCGGCAACCCACCUGGUCACGUGGACGUUGGUCUCAAUGUCGGUCAGUGCGGUCACUCAGAGUGUACUCUGAAUGAAUGUGAGAAUGGAGCUGCGUGCAUAGAUCUUGGAGCAUCAUACAUAUGCAACUGUACUGAUGGAUGGAAAGGCCCUCUCUGUGGCGAUCUGAUAACAGUCUGCGAUGCAGAGCACCCCACCCCUCAUGACUGUGCAGAUGGGUCAAUCUGUACACCCCUCCCUGUGGGGUUUGAGUGCCAGUGUCCUCUGGGAAAGAUGGGAACACGAUGUGAUGAAGACAUUAUAUUCAGUGACCCACUCUUUGAGGGUUCAUUGAGCUACAUGUCUUUUGCGAGAACCACCAACCUCCGUUUCGAGGCAGAAAUCCUGAUGGAGUUUAAGCCUUCUUCAGACACUGGACUCCUGUUCUACAUCGCCAGUCAGCUUACCCCCUACUCUGGAGACUUUCUUGCAGUGUCCCUCACGCAGGGCUACCUAGAGCUGAGAUAUUCACUUGAUGGCCAAGGGGAUCCUGCUACUCUCCGCACAGCAAGCAGAGUAGACAUCACAACGGACACCUGGUACACGGUAGAGAUCAGCAGGGUCAACCAGAACGGGGUCCUACGCUUCGGGGAUGAAGAAAUCUUCCGUAGCGCCCCAGGAAAUCUCAUCUCUCUUGACAUCAGUACGGACAUCUUUAUUGGCGGUGCACCCUCGCUUGAUGGUGUACAUCCAAUGGCUGUAGAGGGCGCUGUUACAAGCUAUCAAGGUUGCAUGCGCAGGGUGGUUGUGAACGGACAGGAGUUGGAGUUGACAAUGUCCGGAGCAUUGGCAGGACUUAAUAUCGGAGACUGCGAUGGGACAGGGUGCGGAUACAACGUGUGCAGAAACAAUGGCACGUGCCUGCCAGUUGAUGGCAGCACACAGGAUUUCACUUGCCAGUGUUUGACACCUUUCACUGGACCUAGAUGUGAGGAGUUUAUCUUCUGUGUGAAUCACCAGUGUUUGAAUGAUGCCAUCUGUUUACCAGACAGUGAGGCACAGGACUACAGCUGUGGGUGUCCUCUUGGCUGGCAAGGAACAUUCUGUGAACAAAGUGUCAACAUCACCAGCGCCCGAUUCACUUCGUCCAGUCACCUCUACUUCCGAGACGUGAACUUUGACCUCUCCAACAAGACUAUAACCUCCCUCUCCUUCAACUUCAGCACAUCGUCCAAUCAGGGCUUGAUCCUCUGGAAUGGGGAACCAAUCACAACAGGUGUUACAGACUACUUAGGAGUUGGUGUCGAGAAUGGCUUCUUAAAAAUCAGCAUCAAUCUUGGACAUGACUCCUACGGUGAUGUUCGUCAUUCAGCAUUUAUAUCUGAUGCUCUCUGGCAUGCUGUUAUAAUCACUAGGUCAAGUACAUUACUAAGAGUGUAUGUUGAUGGCGGUGAGCCCCUUGUAGCUGACAUAGGAGGUUUAUUCUCUGGUUUAGAUACUGAAGGACAGUAUUAUCUAGGUGGCUUUGGAUUAUCUACAGACAUCUCUCAAGCUACCGGGGGCCUGUUUGAUCGAGGCUAUGAUGGCUGUCUCAGGAAUCUUGUUAUCUCGCCGGGAGACUCGCCUGUCAACCUCAUGAGUGCAGAUGAUGCUCUCAACGUCCAAUCAUGCGGCUGAUGGUGGCGGGUCACAUCACAGUGCAGGGGUUACCAUGUGACCUGAUAGUGUGGAAGAUAAGACCAUGUUGUCAUGGAUACAAGAGUGGAAGAGGUUUGACCAAUCAAAAGAGUCAAGAGGAUGAGAGAAGGCAAGAUAUGCAUCUCUUUGAAGUUCUGUUUCUUGUUGAGACACCCAAUGUGUACACUGGCAAGGAAAAUUGGAACUAUAUUCUGCAACAACAUCAUAACAGAAUGGUCUGGAAAUAGAUUUUGUUUUAAAUGGUACAGCUUCACUCUAGCAUUACACGUAUGUGAGAUGCAAAGAAGAGGUUGAAUUUCUGUGACUUGGCCAUUACAGAGGUAUUGAUCCAACUUAUUUAAACAAAAAAAGAUCAAAUUACACAUUUCCUGAAAGAUUAUGUCAAAUUUUAUUCUGCACAUGUUUAUACUUUUAUCACAUUAUGCAGUGUAUAGCCUAUUAUGUACCACUAAAUUAUUAUUAACCCUUUUUAUGGUAGGAAAAAUACUGGCUCACACUGCUCAACUUCACCUUUAAACUCAAUAAAAAAAUGAAUAAUGCCAAACAGUAUAUGUAUAUAUGCUUCUUUGUAAACGUCUUCCUUACACAAAUUUCAUUAAAUAUUUGUGCAUACUUUGUUAUUCAUUUUAUAUUGAUUUAGAAGAGUGGUAAUUAGGAGGUUUUAAUGUUAAGAACUGAGCUUUUCUUGCCUACUAUGUACAAUGUAUUUUCCUUAGAUACAUUCCAGCUUAGAAUGUUCUUGAUUUUUAGCGGAGGAAUAUUUAAGUUGAAAUACCAAAAUGUGGGGAAAGGUACUUGUAUUGGAUUAAAUUUUGUUAUGCGGUUAUUAUGUAAAGGUGUAGAAUUAAGCAAUCAUGUUUAAAUAUUUUCAAUAUGAUGUGUGAUUUUGUAUACAAAUGAUGAUCACUUAUAUCUGCUAGCUGGUCUAGUCUAUAUAGCUAUUAUUAGUAGUAUUUUUCUGUCUCAAAACUUUGUGUGAUUAGAUUUUUCCUUUUUUUUAACUUUUUACCCGACUGCUAUGAAAGCAUGUCUAUGCUUGUAAGUAAGGAUCCAGGGGACAAACGGCAUUUAAGUCCUCUCCGAGGGACUUGGUAAUGAAGAUUAGUGCCUUACUUCCCAAAGGGCAAUAAUUCAUCGACUUGGCUUUGAACUCUGGACCUCCCUGUUACAGGACCACUGCUCUACCACUGAGCCAUAUCGCACCUCCUAAUGCAAUUUCUAUUUUCUACAUGUGUCUUUCUUAUACUUCAGUGACAAAGAAACAUUAAUGUUUAUGUUUUCUGGUCAUAGAAGAGCUUUACAUGGUCAUCAGUUUGUCUUCUAUCAUGCAGUUUACCAUUUACUGUGUAAGCUAAUGAGAUGAAUGUAAUAUAUAAGUUUAAAGCUCUCAUAAAUUAAUAUUCAUUUUGAUACUUAAUUUCUGUAUUGGAUAUAGAAUUAUCCCUGUCAUUUCAAUAUUGUUACCAUACAUUGUUCUUGCUACUUGCUUCAUUACAACUGUGCUAUAAAAUCAACUAUAUAUGUAUUUUUUUUUUAAUUUUGGAAAGUUAUAGAGCGAAUUUCAAUACACAAUUUCCAGUAAAAUGUCAUUGUGUUGACUCACUUUUAAAACUUCUAGUCACAUCAUUUGCUGACACAUAUCUGAAGUCAUGCACCCACAAGCUACACGUUACAUUGUAUUUUUUUCAAAAUGCAGAAAAAUAGUAACUAUGCAAGACACUACUAAAAUUCAGUCAUUUGAUCUUCUUUGUAACGUGAAACAUUAGACACUGUACAUGUGAUACGAGGUUGCGGAUCUACAUUGACUCUAAUUAACGAAUUCCAUCUUUAAUGAUGUACGAUCAACCAGAUUAUUAUUCAUAUGAACUAUAAGAAUAUCAUUUUGCAAGAAGAAAGGCAUUUGCAGCUAGGGGAAUAUUGUCCUGCUCAAGUUCACCUGCAUGUAAGCACUUUGAUAGUGUACAUCAGGACUCUACACUAACUUUGUUCUUGGAAGGGGUCCAGUUGGAACUUUUUACAGUCUGUAUGUACAGGCCCAAUGUAAAGACUUCAACAAUUUUGGGGGUUAAGACUUAGAUUUUGGGCGCCUGUGUGUCCCGGCCUCCUGUUAGUGUCCAGCCCUGGGGGGUGUUCCACAAAGAUUUUAAGUUGAACUUAUCUCUAAGUUGGACUUAACAAUUAUGGAACGCCGUUAGCAUCCUUGAAAAUAUUUUGUAAAGUUUUUUUAAACGCAUAAAAUGUUGAAUCAAAUCAUUCACAUUUUGUUUUAUCACGAUAAAUUUCAUGUUUUUGAUGCGGAAUUUAUGGAAGUCUAAAAUACUUGAAUUUUUGCUUUUGAAUAUAUUUCAUUAUAAGGCUACAAAUGGCUCUCCAUAAUAUUUAAGUCCAACUUAGAGUUAAGUUGGACUUAAAAUCUUUGUGAAACACCCCCCUGGUUUACAUUUAUAAAAUGCAAUAUAUAUUUUUAUAAUCACCUUGAAUUUGUAUAUUAUCAGUAUUCAUAUUUUGUCUUGCUACAUUUAUCAUAAGGAUUUGUUGUGAAUUCUAUAUACUUGUAUUAGCCCGUCUCAUGUGAACUGUAUAAAACGGAAGGAAAUAGUCAAAAUGUGUGACCAUCUUCAGAUAUAUAGGUGUAUCACAUUUUCAUUUUGGAAUAGAAGUUCUUAAAUUUUAAGCAUGAUUGAACUUUCUACAUUUAACACAUAAUUUAGAAAGGACUUUGUAUCAUUUUCUUUCAUUUUGAAAUUUUUUUUUUUUUGGUCUCCAUCUUUAUAGCUGUCAAAGCACUUUAAAGGCUUAGAAAUGAUGGUCUUUUUAGCAGGAAAAUAUAUAUGUGAACAGUACACCUUGAGCCAGAAGCACAUUGAAAUUUGUUAAGUUAUUGAAACUAUUGGCUUGGCAUUUUUACCAAUUUCAAACAUAUUGACACUAUAUUAAUACCAUUUUGCAGUAUUUUCAUGAUGGCUGAUGUCUAGCAAAACCUUGCUUUAUCUUUGAAGUUAUCAGGCUUUUUAAUAGUUUUUAACUAUGUGUUCAUCAUUGGAGCUACAUGAACAUGUUUGUAUUGUAUCAGAGUGUAUUGUUCCAUCCUUUUAAAAGGCACGAAAGAGGCAUUCGAUCAUUUAUAUGUUCACGGAUACUGUAAAGUAAUCAUAGUAUCAAAUUUGUCAGCUUAGAUGUAAAAUGCACAAGUAUCUGUUUUUCAAACAUGUAUUCACUGCACAAAUGUUAUGCAUGCCGAUAUAAAAUACAGUUGUUAUUAGUGUAAUAUUGAAAUGUAUUUGGGUAGGAAAAGAUGAUUUUUAAACUGUCCACAAAGUGUCAUUUUACGUAUAGAAGAGAACACCUUGAAGUAAGUAGUACUACAGACUGUCUUUCAGCUUUUUGACAACUAUCUAUUGUUUUGCAAGCAUUUUAAGCAAUUGUGUGUAUUUUGAUAUCGUACUGUACUGUAGAAUCUAUCUUGAUGUGUGACGUAUGUACUUCAGAUCUAUAUAGUUUUAUGUAUUGCUCGAUGUGUAUUUUUCUAUCUCAGUAAAAACUCACUUUCUAAAAAUGUU